ACGCCUCGGGGGAACGCCUGCUGUUUCUGGUCACGCCCCUGGGAUGGUCGCCCCACGAAUCAGCCCCGCCACCCAGCCGAGUGACCGAUGGCGAGUCCGCCCCCCCCCACGCGCCGCCCCACGUCCGACCGUUGACUUCGUAACAGGCCGUGGCGAAGGCUCAAGGAAAUCGGGUUCCCUCCCCGUGCCCUGGACAAUGCCUGUGGAGGAGUUCGUGGCUGGCUGGAUCUCUGGAGCUCUGGGUUUGGUCCUGGGACACCCCUUUGACACUAUAAAGGUGCGGCUGCAGACCCAGACCACAUACCGGGGCAUCAUUGACUGUGCCAUCAAGAUCUACCGCCAUGAGACGCUCCUGGGCUUCUUCAAGGGAAUGAGUUUCCCCAUCGCAAGCAUAGCCGUGGUCAACUCCGUCCUGUUCGGGGUCUACAGCAAUGUCCUGCUGGUCCUCACGGCCACCUCCCACCAGGAGCGGUGGGCCCAGCCUCCCAGCUACACACACGUCUUCACCGCGGGCUGCGCUGGGGGGCUCAUGCAGGCUGAGAGGCUGGGAGCUGGCAGGGGGCCGAGUGAGGGCCCUGCAGGAAGUCACCUUCUUUGUCAAUGUCGGCCUCAGUUGUGCCCUGGAGCCCCACCGUUUCCUUCCCUACAGUCCUACUUCCUGGCCCCUUUUGACCUCAUCAAAGUUCGGCUGCAAAACCAGACAGAACCGAGGGCCUGGCCGGGGAGCCUCCCGCCCCGGUACCGCGGGCCUGUGCACUGCGCGGCCUCCAUCUGCCGGGAGGAGGGGCCCCGCGGGCUGUUUCGGGGAGCCUGGGCCCUGGUGCUGAGGGACACCCCCACGCUGGGGGUCUACUUCCUCACCUACGAAUGGCUCUGUCGCCAGUACACGUCCGACGGCCAGACUCCCAGCUCAGGCACCGUCCUGGUGGCCGGGGGCUUCGCGGGCAUCGCCUCCUGGGUCUCGGCCACUCCCCUAGACGUGAUCAAGUCCCGGAUGCAGAUGGACGGGCUGAAGGAGCGCGCCUACCACGGGGUGCUGCACUGCAUGGCGAGCAGCGUCCGGCAGGAGGGGCUGGGGGUCUUCUUCCGGGGGCUCACCAUCAACAGCGCCCGCGCCUUUCCCGUCAACGCGGUCACCUUCCUCAGCUACGAAUACCUCCUCCAGGCCCGGGGCUGAGCCGGGGCGGGCAGUGCCGGCAGCCCCCCAGCGAGACCACCGCCCGGCCGCUCGCCACUCCAGUCCGGGGGUGGGGGUGGGAGCUCCCAGACAGGGGCCAGGAGAGGGCAGUGGGGAGCCCGGAUACGCGGGUCCCAGGCUCCCAGCAGCGCCGCCUCCUUUCCUCGGCUUCCCAAGCCCAGGAAGCAGGAAGGACAAGCCAAGCCAAGGAGCCAGUGUGCUGGUGACGUCCCCCAUCUCAGGGAACGGUGCCAUUCCCCGCACCUGGCGCCCUUGGGUGAGGCCCCCUCCUGGAUCUCUGCUUUCUCCCCAUAUCGCCUCCCGCCUCCCCUCCUUUCCGGCCCCUCCCCACUAAACCCCAAGAGCAACCCUCACGUCCCCCCCUGUCCAGGAUCCUUUAUUGGCUCCCAUCACGUCAAUCAGAGCCCAAAUCCCAACAGCACCUGGGCCCUUCCUGCCCGAUGGACUUUCCCGUCUUGAUGGCCUCUGCUCGUGCUUGCGGACCCUGAGCGAGCUGUGCUCCCCGCGCCCUCUGCCUGGAAGGCUUCGUUCCUCCUGGCCGGGGGUGGGAGUGCCCACCCGGUGGCACCGUCAUCUGGCACAGUCUGCCCUCCUCCCAGACCCAGGCCAAACCGCCUCCUGGAGUCCUUGCCUCGCCUCCCCAGCUGACGGGGCUCCCCGACACCCUCCAGCCCGUGCUCCUUGAUCACAGCCCUUGUCUCUGCUUUAUCACAGCUGUGGAUUGCUGGUCAGCCUUCCCAGUAGACUGUGAGCUCCUUGAGGACAGGGAUUGUACUUUACAGUUUUCCACCACCACGCCCGGUGCUCCAGACAUGACGGAUGUCAGUAAACGUUUGUUCCGGGAACUGCUGGUUGCGCUCCUGACCUCCCUCCCCCUCCCACAGGGUCACAGUGGCACCCAGCCAGCUUCUCUGGUCCCGCCACACACCCUCUCCUGAGCCUCCCUCUCCUGGAUUGCCUGCCCUGGCCCUCUCCGGGUCGUGUUGAGUGGACCACGGCCCAGUCUCGGGGCUGGGAUGGGGUUGGAGGUUGUUGGGGGUUGGUGGUGGGAUCCUGCCUUUCCCAUCCCCAUCAGAUGCCGCUUGUUUUCUUUCCCCAUCUCAAUUGCUAGUGGGAAUUAAAAGCAGCUAGGAGAGGUCUUUUCUUUGGCAAUAAAGGUGGACCCAGUUUAUACCUACUAAUGUCCCAAUGUGGUCUGAGACCAGCCCGGGUCCUCCUUGGUCAUUCCAGGAACUGGAGUCUCCCAGUUUUAAAAUUAUCACAGUAUUCAAUUAAAAAAAAUCACAGUUUACAGAGGAGGAGGCCCUGGCUCAGAAACCGUAGUGAUUUGUUCCAGGUCUCAUAGUUUGUAAGGAUGGAGACUGGGUGCAUCGAAGCCUCCAAUGCUGGAGCCCAGUUACUUUACUACAUGCCCACCUGGGGACUAAGUGGGACCCUCUUGGCCUGUGGCAGUCUCCCAUGAUCCACCCAAGUUCAAAUUCACCCAAGCCAGACCUGACCAAUCAGCCCCUGUGGGUGGUCCCGUUCACUUCACAUGGACUGUGUGCUAGAGAUGACUGGUGCCCACCCCAAACCCUUCUCCCCUCCUUCCAUGGCCACCGUGUGGCAGCUAGGUGGGGCCACAUGGUGAGGUUUUGCCAGAAAACAUGAGCACAAGUGAUGUGUGCAAAUUGCCCACUGCUUGCUUAAAAGGAAAUUCUUCACUAUUGGCUGGAAAUGGUGGUGACUAGGAGAAUGCAAAAGCCACAGUUGAGGGUGCAGGAGGCCCCCUGCUAGCCCAGAAGCCUGGUGAUGUGGGAGCACAGCCCCCCUGCCCUCCCUGGGCUGUUACAUCCUGAGGUGUCUGUCACAGCAAUUUAGCUUUCACCCAAACCGACACAAUGGGGAAGGAUCUGCAAGCUUUGAGAUCAAGGGUCAUCCAAGAGUGGUCCAUGGACCUGUGGCAUCAGUAUCUCCUGGAGCUUGUUAGAAAUGCAGGAUCUCAGGCCCCACCCCAGACCUACUGAAUCAGAAUCUCUGAGGAUGGGGCCCAGGAGGGGUGUAAAAAGGUCUCCUGGUGAUUGAUACACACACUAAAGUUUAAGAAAACAGUGUUCUGCCUCAAAAAGUGAAGCAUAAUUACCACUGACCCCUCAAUUCCACUCCUAGAUAUAUACCCCAAAGAACUGAAAACACGGACUUGAACAAGUAUUUGCACACACACGUUCACAGCAGCACAAUUCACAAGAGCCAAAAGGUGGAACCAGCCCAAAGGUCCAACUGAUGAAUGGAUGCACAAGUUACGGUCUAUCCAUACAAUGAAAUAUUAUUCGGUCAUGAAAAAGAAAAAAAUAAUGCGGUCCCAAUACAUGCUACAGUGUGGAUAAACCCCUAAAACCUGAAGCCAAGGGAAAGAAGGCAGAAUUGAAAGGUCACAUGUGGUGUGAUUCCAUUCAUAGGCCAUGUCCAGAGGAGGUGAGGCCUUAGGGACGGAACGCAGAUACCUGAUUGCUGGGGCUGGAAUGCAGCCUCACUGCUCAAGGGCUUGGAGUUUUCUUAUCGGGUGAGGAAAAUGGUCUGGAAUUAGAUAGAGGUGUUGUUGGUCGCCCAGGCGGCUGAAUUGUUCACUUUAAAAUGGUUAAUUUUCUGGUUUGCAAAGUUCAACACAGGGAUGGAGGGAGGGAACAGUGCUCCAGACACUCCUUAAAAGCCGCGAUGUGCUGCCCUUCCAGGCUGAGACGGACCGAGCGCCUGGUCCCAGCAGCCUCUCCCCGUGCACAGGUUCAGGAAGCCUGUAUGCAAGGUGUCAAGCCACGGGGUCGGCCUGAGGCCUGGCCCAGGUGACUGGAGCCACCUGGUGCCCUGGAUUUGGGCUGGGCAGAGCUGCGGUGGCACCGUGGGCACCGGGACCCUGCCGGGGCGCUUGGAGGCUGGAAAGAGCCAACAGUGUCUAAGAAAGAGGAGGUGGUUCUUCCAAACGAGGCAAGGUGGGGGCGGGUGUCAGAGUGGUCUCGUAGUUAGCCUUAUCUCCCCACAUUACCAGUUAGCAAAAACAGUAAAAUCAAAAGAUCCAUUUUUUUGUUUUAAUCCAGUCCUUUCUGGUGUAGUAAUAGGAUCUAUAAGUCUGCCCACGCUGUCUGGGCCCGGGCUCCUGGGUUCCGUCUCCAGUUCCAUCCAGGGGCAGCUCCUUGGGGGCCGGGAGCCCUCCCCCACCAAACUCACUUAGAGCCAGGACAGAGCUCUUGCCUGGCUGCAGGGCCCCAGAUCUUUCCACCAAUCCAGGGUGACAGCUACCAGCUAGGCUGGGAGAGAGUGAGUCUAGGGUUAAGCUUGGAGUGAUUGGAGACCGAAAAACAGGCACUCCUCUUUCACUGUGGUCCAGGAAGGAGACGUAACAACUUUGGAAAGCAGACUGGAAAGACAAACAAAGAUCAGGCAGGAAAUGGCUGGAGAUAUUUUUUUAAAGCUAGAUGUUUUUAAGCCAGCAGGGUUUGGUAACAUGCAUGUUAAGUGCCUGAAGGAAUUAGCAGAUGUUAUUAGAGGUCACUGUUAUUUUUAAGAGCACAUUUCAAUAGAAGGAAUCCCAGAGGUUAAGAAAUAGGAAAUGAACUGCUUUGAGACUAAAAAGGAGGGGCCUGUAUUUAAGGGGCACAUCUAAAGGGUUCGUAACUUGGGCAAACUUGGUUAAUAGCGUCUCAUUGGGUCCGUGUUGUCGAGCAAGGUAUGCGAGGAAUGAUGUAGUAGAAGAAAGUAUAGGAGUCUAACUUAUGCGUAUAAUGCCACUAAUGCUACAGAUGCAGGUAAAGGGGUCGUGACACACUUGAGCGUGAUUCUGUCAUCAAUCACUUUUGUCAGAACUCACUACACAACUGAGUUUCCUGGUUCAGUCUUUCAGGCUGCCACUCGAUACACUGGCACCAACAUGCAGUCACCCUAGUAUGUGCACAGGGGUUACACUGCUCCCCCCUGGAAUGGGGCUUUGGACCCACAGUGGGAAUGCAGGCCAGCUCACAUUGCACUGGGGAGGGGCUGGGGGGCAGGCCUGCAAGGGCACCAGAAGCUUCUCCUACUGUUUUUAAAUG